CCCACCGCGCCCUGGGCGCACCGGCGGGUCCCUGGUGGCCGCAGCGACCAGCGACCCGCGGAUGCUCAACGCGUGCCACAAGCCGUCCCCGCACAGAGGCUGCCGGGCCGUCGGGGAGCCAGGAGCACCAGGCUGCCCAGAUGCGGGCUCCACUCUGCCUGCUGCUGCUCCUCGCCCACGCAGUGGACAUGCUCGCCCUGUACCGAAGGAAGAAGCAAGCAGGCACUGGUCUGGAGGGCAACUGCACCGGCUGUGUCAUAUGCUCACAGGAGAAUGGCUGUUCCACCUGCCAGCAGAGGCUCUUCCUCUUCAUCCGCCGGGAAGGUAUCCGUCAGUAUGGCAAGUGUGUGCAUGACUGUCCCCUUGGCUUCUUUGGAAUCCGUGGCCAGGAGGCCAACAGGUGCAAGAAAUGCGGGGCCACAUGUGAGAGCUGUUUCAGCCAGGACUUCUGUAUCCGCUGCAAAAGGCGGUUUCACCUAUACAAAGGGAAGUGCCUGCCCACCUGUCCGCCAGGCACCUUGACCCACCAGAGUACCCGGGAGUGCCAGGAAGAGUGUGAGCCGAGCCCUUGGGGCAGCUGGAGUCCCUGCAUACACAAUGGGAAGACCUGUGGCUCAGGCUGGGGCCUAGAGACCCGGAUGCGGGAGGCUGGCCCAGCCAAGCAGGAAGAGAUGGCAAGCUGCCGAGUGUUAUCUGAGUCCAGGAAGUGUCCUCUAAAGAGGCCCUGUCCAGGAGAAAGAAAUCCCAGGCAGAAGAACAGGAAGGAUCGGCGCCAGCGCAAGGACAGAAAGUUGGAGCGCAGGCCACACCAGCGCGGCUCACAGUGACCAUUCCCGGCUCCGGCCUCUGCCUUUGGCUUGCUGCACUUCAACUGUGGGCUCCUCCCUUCUCCCCUGCCCUGUUCUUUCUCCACAUCCUUCACUCUUUCUACCUUUCCCGCCUGUCCAGUCUUUCCGCUAGAUUUUAUCCAUCUCCCAUUUCCUCUCGCCCUCACUUCCUUCUUCGCAUCCUUGUUUCUUCUUUGGAACUUUCCUUCUCUCUGUGUGCCUUUCCUUCAUUUCCUCCUGUUUUCCUUUUUGCUCUUCACCUGUCCACCCCCCAUCAGAGACAGACACUGAGCUCAUGUCCUCCGUGUGGCUCUCUGCACCUCAAAGCAAACAUUUUUUCUAGAUCUU